AUGGCGAACACGAAGGACGUGGAGAAGGACCGCGCCAUGGCGGUGCUGCUCGUGGAAGGUCUCCGUGUUGGUGAGCAGCAGGAGGCCGUUGGGCGUGACACCGGCAAGGCCAUCCAGCGUAAGCAGCACGCGAGGCUGGCCAGCGACGGGCUGCGGUUCCGCCGGGUCACGCGCGGCGAGCAGGAGGUCGUCUCCGGCAUGAACUACCGGCUCUUCGUCGACGCGGCCGACGGCUCCGGCAACAGCGCGCCCUACGUCGCCGAGGUCUACGAGCAGUCCUGGACCAACACCCGCCAGCUCACCUCCUUCAAGCCGGCGGCCAACUGA